AUGAUUGGCUCAUUCGUGGCCCAGUUGUCCCUUCGGGCGAGCCGGCAGGGAUUCCAAGUGCUAUCCAAGAAUGCACGUCUUUCUGGUCGGUCCAAUGUGUUCAAGACUGAAGCUCUUCGGAGGGACGAAUUCCGGUGUCUGUCUACAUCAGGACAGUCGAUGUUGAGCCGAUUACAAACCGGAGGAUUGAAACCUAGCUGCUUGCAGGCCAAUCUGAUUUCACCAUCAUUCUUCACCCAGCAAAGAUGGUCCGGGUCAAAAUCGCCAGAAAACAACACCCCUGAACAACCUGAGGGAUCCAAGAAAACCCCUAUUCUAUCACGGAUUCCCCUGCCAACCUCUCACGAGAAUAUCUACACCGUGCCCAACAUUCUCACGCUAUCCCGGCUGCUCGCCGCCCCCGUGGUCGGGUAUCUCCUAGUCCACAACUACCACACGGCAGCGUUAUCCCUGUUUGCCUAUGCCGGUAUCACUGAUCUCGUCGAUGGGUACAUCGCCCGGCGGUAUAACCUCCAAACCGUGGUUGGAACCAUCAUCGAUCCCAUGGCCGACAAGCUAUUGAUGACCAUUAGUGUCGCAUGUCUGGCCGUGAAUGGCUCCCUUCCGAUUUGGCUGGCUGUGAUCAUCCUCGGUCGCGAUGUCGGUCUGAGUACCUCGGCUAUCUACUACCGUUGGAUUUCGCUGCCUGAGCCUAAGACUAUGGCCCGGUACUGGGACUUUUCGCUUCCCUCAGCGGAGGUCAAACCUACUGGGAUCUCAAAGAUCAAUACUGCCUUGCAGUUGGUGUUGGUGGGUAGUGCAAUUGCACUGCCUGUGGUCCCUGAGGCGUUUGUCAGUGCCUGGCAGUUGAGCGAGGCGAUGACUGGUUUCCAGUACCUCGUUGCCGGUACCACCCUUUGGUCUGGACUCAGCUACGUCUUCUCCAACAGCGCUGUAAAGAUCCUCUCCAAGGAAGAAAUCCAAAAGCGAAUUGUUCGAGCAGCUGCUAAACGUAAGUAG